CGGCUGCCAGCAAUACAAUUCCGGUUACUUUUGGGUACCCCCUCGUAUAGUUGCUUAUACUAUAUAUCUCUAUAGAUAGUGAAGGUUCUAAGUAAAAGUAAAUAACGUCUGAUAUUGUUCUUUGAAAUUAUAUUAGGAAUCUACUUGAUACAUAGGAUUCAAAUAUAUUCAAGGCUUUGCCUUGACUCCAAACCAGACCCAAUUUAAAGAUUAAAAAUUGUUAAUAAUUAGUAAGUAAAGAUCUUUGUUUUGGUGUAGUAUGUCAUAGUGGUUUGUGUUUUAUAAUCUGUUUUUUUUUUAAUGUGGGUAUUUGACAAUAGUUAUAUUUAACGGUACAUUGUAUAUUUAAUACUGAAAUAGUUCAUUGUUUGUUUUGUUGUUUAGUAAAGUAUUAUUUAUUAAAUUUUCUGCACCUAAACAUUGUUUUUGGGUUCUUUAUUAGGUUAUUUUCGGACAUUAUUCAUCAUUUAGUGAUACCUAAAAAUCAAUAACUCUACGUUUCAAAAUCUGACCGGUGAAAAAUGAUGACUGACGAGAUUUAUCACCUUCUUGCUCCUGGUGUGAUGAUUGCCAGUUACUAUUGGCCCAAUCGAUAGUUAUCAUUGAUUAUAUUUUGCAAAUAAAGGCAUCCUUUAGUUCAGUUUAUAACAAUUAGUGUUUAAUUAACUGCAAGACAGUGUGUAUGGAGUUGGACAAACAUGUUUGUAUUGAUUCCCGACUGUGUAGUACGCUCUGGUAUGAUUUGUUUGUUUGUAUUUGUGUUUGAUUAAUUAUCCACCUGAGGAAGAGAUCAGAUUGCAGACCUUGAAACGUAACGUUAUUGUUAUUGUGUAUCACCGAACAGAAUGUUUGUAAAAGUUUCUUUCUUGAAUUGAAUUUUUGUUUUACAUUUCUGAUAAUCACGUUACACAGAAAAUGUUAAUAAGUUGUCUCACUAAACACCUCAACAAUGUCUGUGUAAAUUCCUCCAAACACAAACACAGCUGGGCCCGAAUACAAAUUGAGCAUGUGAGGUCACAGAUUAGCAUUAGGAGAGGCAAGGCAUGAGCUGUUAUCAGUGGAGCUACAAGCUUAUCAGUGUGGUUGAGGCAGAUUGUGGUGGAGCAUGUCUUGGUUACAGUAGCUGUACCAGAACACCUGUGACCCACCUACCUCAUGGUUGUCUCUAAAGAGUCGAUCCUGCUUCGACUGAGCAGGACGUUGAAUGCUCACAGCCUCACUAUCCUGCUGAUGGCCACCUGUGUCCUUGUCCUCAUGUUGGUGAUCGACAGUCAUCAGCUGCAAACGCCUCAGGACAUCCACAAUCGUCUGCUGCAGGACAUGUUCGGACUCAACUCUGAGUCCCUGCGUCGUUGGCUGCACUCCGGUCACACCACGCGUGAACCAGAGUUCAUCCUCAGAUAACAGCAGGAGCACCUUCGUCCAUUUCUCCCACCAUUAUUUUUGUGUUGAAUUGUUUUUUAUUUUUAUUAUGUGUUUUGUUGAUAUUAUAUGUUUUCUUGCAGUC